GGGCGGGGCCUGGCGCGCGCGGGCUGCGGAGCGGAGCGGAGCUACCAUGAGCGGCAAGGAAGGGUCAGGGGGGUUCAGGAAACGAAAGCAUGACAAUUUCCCCCAUGGUCAAAGGAGAGAGGAUAAAGAGAAUGUUACUUCAUCUUCAGCUUUGAUGAUAUCUUUUAAGUCAUUUCAACUUGAGCUUGAUACAAGACAUGAUAAAUAUGAAAGACUUGUGAAGCUUAGUCGUGAUAUAACUAUAGAAAGUAAAAGGACAAUAUUUCUACUUCACCGGAUUACUAGUUCCCCUAACAGAGAAGAAAUACUAAAUGAAUCUGAGGUCAAAUUAGAUGCUGUCCGACAGAAGAUUAAGCAAGUAGCACAAGAAUUAACAGGAGAGGACAUGUAUCAAUUCCACAGAGCCAUCUCUCCAGGGCUUCAGGAAUAUGUAGAAGCUGUCUCCUUUCAGUAUUUUAUCAAAACACAUUCAUUAAUUAGUGCAGAAGAGAUUAAUAAACAACUGGUAUUUACACUGGAAGAAAAAGAGGAAACAACAAACACACCUUCCUCCAAUUCCCAUGAUAAGCAGCAGCACACCUGGAGCCUGAAGGUGACACCUGUAGAUUACCUGCUCGGAGUGGCUGAUCUAACAGGAGAGCUGAUGCGGUUGUGUAUCAGCAGUGUUGGAAAUGGUGAUAUCGACACCCCUUUUGAACUGAGCCAGUUUUUACGUCAGAUUUAUGAUGGCUUUACCUACAUUGGCAAUACUGGACCCUACGAAGUCUCUAAGAAGCUCUAUACCUUGAAACAGAGUCUAGCCAAAGUAGAGAAUGCUUGUUAUACUUUAAAAGUGAGGGGCUCAGAAAUCCCAAAGCACAUGUUGGCUGAUGUUUUCUCCACCAAAGCUGAUAUGAUGGACCGAGAAGAGGGUCUUUCCUAAAAUAGCAAGACUGUCACAGGCCUUAAGGUGAUUGAACUGUAGAGGUGGAAACUUGUUAAUAUUUAGGUUUUGUUCUCAGUAGACUUUGUCGUGGCUUUUAUGUAGUAACAUUUUAUCUAACAAGUAAGAUUGUUUGCAAUGGUAAAUUUGUAACCAAAAAAAAAUUCUUUACAUGAUGUACAGGUGAACAAGUGUUUGAAUCUUUUCUGUCGGUGAGAAAUUUCCUAUCUUCCCCUUCUCUGUGUUGUCAAAAAUAGCCAAAUGUCACUGCUGUUCUAACUGUCCUGCGUCUUUCACAGAUACAAAUUAAUUCCAUGCUGUCUUGGCCAUUGCAGCUGAUUAUCAGUGGUCAAGUGCUGCUUCGAGUAGAUUGAGAAUUGCCUUGUGAUGCCACAUAACCCCCGGAUUCCUGUUGCACCACAUUCCUUGAUAAACACUUUUUUGUGUUCAGGUCAGAGAUAAAGUAGUGCAGCCAAGUUAGAACGAAGAUGCACAGGUUUGAAAAGUAGCAGCUUUCUGCUUGAAUCAAAAGGGAACGAACCCAGACUCGGAAGGUCUUACUAGGCCCAUUGGAGCAUCCUUGUCUGAUACCGUCUCACCAGCUUAUCCCAUUUAUAUUUAACACAAAUUUUUGUCUCCUUGGACAUAAAAUUGAAGCAUGGCCAAAAGUGCUGUGUGACUUAGUUUUGUCUGAUUAACAUUCACAGCUAAAACAGUUUUUGAUAGCUGAUCAAAAAACUGGCAGACCAGGUAAACGUCCCUGCAUACCCACCAUUCCAGAACUCGCAGCUUUAUUUCAUCUCUGCUAGUUCAGUUACUUUGGAACCGUAAUGUUUUGGCAUCAAUUAAAAAAAGUACAGGAGUUCAUCAUUGUUCUUUUUCCAAACAAAAGCUUUAGUGAGUGCAGGAUCUGCUAGAUUGCCGGCUAUAUCAGUUCCUUUACAAUACUGAACAAAGAUGCUUAUCAUGGAUAAUUCAAUGCUAAAAUAUAAUGUGCAUUCCUGGGUGCUGGCUGCAUGCUUGUAUCCAAAGAAGAUACAAAGCUCAAGACAGUAGGGAGAAUUUUGCCUUCUACUGUAUUUAUGGUGCCCUGAGGGACACCAGUAGGAUUGAAUUGCGUAUCUGAAGGAAGAAUUUGGAUAAUUAUAUUUAACAGAGUGGUGCAAUAUGUCAGAAAUGAGUCUUGUGCACCUAUGAGACAGAAAUUAGAGGGGGAGGGAUAAAAAUAAGGCAGAUAACAUGCCCUUUAAAAAAUUGAGCUUCAGGAAAUAAGCCCCUCAAGUACUAAUGAAAAUGUUGCUUGUUUUUUUUUUUUUUAUUUCCACCUCCAUAUGCUGUGAUACUGCCAAUAUUUUUCUCAUGAGCAUGGCAUGUCCAAGGUAAUUUGAAUCAUGGAUGUAUUGAUCAGAACAGUUACUUAGGGUUUAUCACAGUUUUUUGUUUCUCUGUAAAGCAAUAUUUGGUGGGUUAAAAAAGAGUGUGUUUUCCAAAUGUUUAAUACUUUUUUUACAAUAAAAGUAAUUAUAUUGGUA